AUGGCCACAUCAGAUGGAGGUGGAGUUAAGUUGAAUAGAAUUAUUGGUGGCACCAUACCACAUUUAGAUCCAUUCCUUUUGUUGGAUGAAUUUAAAUCUGAUAAUAUAGAUGAAUAUGGUGCUGGAUUUCCAGAUCAUCCACAUCGUGGAUUUGAGACUAUAACUUAUAUGUUGGCAGGAACAAUGGAACAUAAAGAUCAUAAGGGAAAUCAAGGAAUGAUAGGUCCUGGUUCAAUUCAAUGGAUGACUGCUGGAAAAGGAAUAAUUCAUAGUGAAAUGAUGAAACAAACAGAUGGAUUAUUAUGGGGAUUUCAAUUAUGGAUUAAUUUACCUUCGACACAUAAAAUGAUGGAUCAACGGUAUCAACGUAUUCCAUCUGAAAGCGUUCCAGAAGUAUUUGAAUCCAAUGGAGACAAGGUUAAAGUGAUUGCAGGAAAGUUUCGUGAAAAGGUUGGACCUGUGGAUGGUGUCAUUACCAAUCCACUCUAUCUCGACGUCAUUCUCCAACCGGGAUCUAACUUUAAGAUCGAGGAGAUUCCAUCACAUCAUACAACAUUUAUUUACAUGUACAGUGGUUCAGCCGAUUUUGGACCAAUCGACAAUACAACAUUGAUACCAGAAUCUCACAUCUCUGUGUUGGAUGGUAGUCUUGGUCAAAGUCUUGUACAAGGUGUAGCAGGUACAAAUGGUGCCAGAUUUAUUUUAAUUGCAGCUGCACCCAUUGGAGAAAGAAUAGCUAGACAAGGUCCAUUUGUAAUGACUACUCCUCAAGAAUUACAACAAGCUUUUUCAGAUUAUCAACAAGUAGAUUUGACAGGUCGAUUUAAGAAUACUCUAAAAGAUACUCGCAGUCUAGUCUAUUUUUAUCUUCUUCUUCUUCAUCAUCACCUAUCUCAUGUAAUACAAAUAAUGUCAGAUAUCAAUAAUAAUAGUGAUGGUGAGAUGGCAGGUGUUGUAGUCGUAAAUGAAGGUGAAGAAGGUGCAGAUCUAUCAAAACAAGAAACAAGUAAUAAUAAUAAUAAUAAUAAUGAUACACCAAAUAACAACGACAAUACUACUAUAGUUAAAUUACAAAAAGUUAUUAUAGUUGAUAAUCAUCAUAAUGAUGAUAAACAUACUACUUCUACUACUACUUCAGCUGCAUCUAUUUCAUUGUCACCAAAUAUUAAACCAAAUAGUAGUCAUCCUAAUCUAACAACAUUGGGAGGUAAACAAUCAUCACCUCAUUCAACAUUGAAACCAAAUGGCAUCACUACUAGCGCUGGUGGUAGUGGAGGUGUUGGAGGGGGUGGACAUACGACACUUACAGAGAUGCCUCGAAGUCAAAGUCAUCAUAAUAUGACAACUAUGCAUCAUCCUACACAUCCAACUCAUCAUCCUCAUCAUCAUCAUCAUCAUCAUCAACAUUCACAUAUACUCUAUCAACCACAACACAGUCACAAGAAUUCACUAUCCUAUAACCUUCGAGAUGAUAUCAGUGUAUCAUUCCAUGACACUUACAAUGACAAUCAAAGAAUUCAUCAACAUCCAAAUGCUGGUCUAACUUCACAACAAGCUUCAGAGAAUCUUGUAAAUUUAAUAGAGAAUUUAUUAAAUGAAAAGGAAAUGUUAUCACAAUUUAGUGUAAAAAAGGUAUUAUUAAAAGAGAUGGUUAGAGUGACACCAAUGUUGUAUAUGGUUGGUAUUGUACUAUUGGUGGUGGCAUUUGCAUUGGAAGUUGAAAAGUUUCAAGCUAUUCAUUUGAUUGUAGAGGCUGGACUGAUGCUACUGUUUGUAAUGUUACAUAUAUUCUUUCAUGUUCGCGAGGAACGAUUGGAACACAAUGAAACGAUUGCCAAGGCACGUGGUCACAUUAAACGAUAUAUGGAGUGUGGUGACGUGCUCGAGAAUGGAGUGACAACCAAUUCAGAAUCAAUCUCUGUGGUCAGCUGCUGCAGAGACGAUCGUUGGCGAAAGGUGCCACUCAAUCUAUUGGUAGAGGGGGAUCACGUGAGUAUGCGUGAAGGUGAAAAGGUGCAGGUGAUGAUACAGUGCAUAGAACCAAACUUUGAAACCGUCAUUUUAAGGGCUGGUGAUUUGUACACGAGCGAUUUCCUCGAACAGGCAUUGUACACGAUCAAUCCCGAUAUGACUGAUCGCGACGAGCACGUACGAUUGACAAAGGCAAAAUUAUUCACAUCGGGGAGAUGUUGUUUCAGAGUACAUGAAACACCUUGCUUCUCGCAACUCAACACUGCCUUGUCACACUCUUGCGAACGUCCAACCAACCCAGUCAUCAAUGCAAUCAACUAUAUCAAGAUUGCAAUUGAGCGUUUCCUCUGGAUUGUGAUUGGUGUGUCGCUCGUUGCCAACAUUAUCCGUUCCAUCUUGCAAGACCAGCGGUCUUUGGUCGACUUGUUGAUUGUGCGACAGGUCGACCUGCUCAUGGCAUUUAGUUUUGUCAUGUUGCCGUGCAUCAUGCUGCUCAUUGCCUACUCGAUCGGACAUGCCAAGCUACUGGCCAUGUUUGACGUGUUGCAAGAGCAGAGUCUCAAAGGUGAGAUUUCAGACGACCAUCCAGCUCUGAAUUUCGACACCGAGUACACUAGUCCGAGCAUGAUACCCAAGGUGCCAUUCAAGUUGAUGAAAAACUACUGGGAGGCGAUUCUGUCGAGCAAGCAUGUUGCCUUUUCACAUUCCUCCAAUUUGUUGCAUCGUAUUGCGUCGACGACAGUGCUGUGCUGCUUGGACAAGGAGGGUAUCGUGUCGGAACCUGUCAGCACGGUCGGAGAGAUUUGUGUGCUGGACGAUGGCGAGCCACUGCGACUCGAACUCUCAUCAGAGUACUCACACACCCAAUACUCGAUCACAUUCAACGACAGCGAGUGGCGCGACCACAUCAAUGCACUCAAACCACUCGGACUCGACUGUCUACUCAACAAGACGUGUCGGCUCUACUCGGCCAGCCAAAACUCGACACCCCGUGCCAGCACUAGUCUCACCCACUCGCAGAGCAUCUACUCGGACCAGGCAUCCAAGCUGCAGCUCAUCCGUGACCGCGAGGACACGUCGGGUGACUCGACCAACGAGCAGUGUCUCUGUCUUUUGGCCAAGGAGAUUGGGUUUUCAGACGACGUUGCCAACCAGUUUGUUCGUCUCAAAGAGAUCCACACACUCACGCAACGCAGUACCGUCAAGCCUGACCAAACCACCGACAGUAUUAGCAGUAUCAUCGAUGCCAUCGAUCACUCACCAUCAAUGAUUUCACUGGUUGCCAAAGAUGCCGGUAGCGAAACACUCCAGCUCCUCUCCAAAGGCAGUACCGAUCUCAUCUUGGAUCACUGUAACCACUAUUGGGACGGUGAAUCAAUCGUCACACUCACCGAACAAGACAAGGAAAAGUUACGACAAGUCUAUCACAAGUGGGUGAUCAAUGAAGGUAUGCGAUGUAUCUCUUUUGCCUACAAACCAAUCGAAUCCAAGUUCAAAAAGAUGUUUAUAUCUGGUAGUGUCAAUAGUCCACUAGUUGAUGUUAGAUUCUCAAAUAGUGUAGUUGGAAAACGUCAUGCCUCUGGAAACGAGGAAAAGGAAAAAGAAAAGGAAAACCUAAGAAUUCAACUUUCUAAAAAGGAUGAUUAUAAACCUUCCAUUGUUGUAUUAUCUCCACUUCCAGGUAGUAACGCAAAGGAAAUUGAUCACAAUGGUCCAAUAUCAUUACAUCAACAACAACAUCAAAAUGUUGCCAAUCCUGAAAUCAUCAUUGUUGUUGAUUCUCCAAUUCCAAGUGGUAAACAAUCUCCUGUUUUACCAAAUAAUAAUAAUAUUAAUAAUAAUAUUAUAAAUAAUAAUAUUGAAAGAUUAUUGGUAAAACCACAACAACAACAAAGAAAUAAUAAUAAUAAUAAUAAUAAUAGUCUUAAUAAUAAUAAUAAUAAUUUAUCAAUAUCAACAAUAACAAAACAUUUAAAAUUACCACCAGUUACAUUAGAGUAUGAAAGUGGAGAUGAUUCAUCAAGUAUGAAAAAUAAGAAUGCAACAACAGAUGAUAACCAUUCAUAUGAUGAUGCAGAUUUGGAAGAUGAAGGAGAUGACAUUUUUGAAUACAAUAGUGAAGAAGAUGACGAAGAUUCAUCGUCCUCUUCAUCCUCUUCGUCAUCUUCUUCCAACAACCAACCAAAAAAGAAAAAAAAGUAUAGAGGUAGAAAUAUUAUUAUUGAUGAUACUUCAAUGACUGAAACUUCAGAAUCUGAUUCAAGAAUCAUUAGAAAGAGAAGACCAUUUUCUAAAAAUACAAACAAUAAGAACAACAACAAGUCAAAAGGGAAACCAACUACUGCUGCAACAAUAGCCUCACCACCAAAAAUCAUUAUUCAACCAUCGGAAGAGGAAAAGAGUGAACAAGAUUCUUUGGAUCAAAUAUUGGCAACAUCACCAUCUAAAAAGAUUACAGUAGAAGAUGAUGGUGUUGUGGUGUGGCCAGAAACAAGUACCAUUGCAGAGAAUGAUACUUUGGAACAACUUCAAAAUGAUCAAAUUUUCAUUGGUAUGGCAGGAAUGAAAGUAUUGCCAAAAUCACACGCCAAUCAUUUUGUAGAGGUUCUUCGUGCAGCUGGUAUUCGAUUUGUUUACUUUACCAACGAAGAUAGACGUAUCAGUAAUAGUUUUGUCAACAAAUUGGGGCUAGAGACAGAUUGGAAUUGUUGCAUCUCUUUACGCGAUCCAGAACCAAAUGAACCCGAUCAUUGCGACGGUCCAUCACGUUUACCAAAGGGUAUUUCGGCCAUUCGUAGUCAUUUGGAAGAGAUUGAUAAUGUUCCUCUUUUGGUACCAAUGUUUAGUAAUAGUACACCAGAGACCAAAUUGGAAAUGAUUAAAAUUCUUCAAGAAAAUGGUGAAGUCGUCUGUUGCCUUGGUAGUGCUCUGAAAUACGAAAAUACACCCAUCUUUGCACAAAGUGAUUUGGCAUUUGGAUUGGAACCAGCCGUUUCACGUUGUCUAAACAUGCCUCUCAACAAGGGUGACCCUCGUCCACUGUUGACCAGUCGUAAUUUCUUUGACACUGAAUCCAUCACUCAUCUUGCUUCGCUGCCAAUCAAAACAACCGACACUAAAAGAGUGCCGACCGCCAACCCAUCGACACAAUCUCUCUGCUGCGACAUUACCUCGUUGCCAUGUUCACUCGUAUUCCAUCGUCGUACAGAUUUCAAUGAAAUUGUAGAAUUGUUCCACGUCGGCCGUCAACAACUAACCAACACACGUCAGUGUCUACAGUUUAUUCUUUCGGCAAGCAUGUCAUUGGUAUUGAUGUGUUUGGUUGCCGGUAUUCUCAUUGUCAGUAUGCCACGUGACGGUGUUGUAGGUGGUGUCCCUCUAACGGGCUUACAACUGCUUUGGCUAGAGAUUAUCAUCAUUCCAAUGAUUGGAUACUCCUUGUUGGCUACGAGCGGAGACAAGGAUGUCAUGAUGAUGCUUUCACCCAAAAACAAUAGCUCCUUUAAACAUAUCCCAACCUUUGCGAGAUAUCUUGCCAUUCGUCUUGUUCCAUCGCUCAUUCUUACGGUGCUCUAUUUCGUUUGGGCAUUGCACGAUCUAUCUGGUGCCAGUCUAUCAAAUGUUUUUGGUGGUAACCUCUCUGAUUGGCCUACCGACACACCCACCUCUUUUUCAAAUGCCCUCCUCGUCUCUCAAAAUAUUAUGAUGUUUGCCUUUGUCUAUUAUCUCGCCGUCUCUAGUAUGAGCUUUAUUCAUCAUACUCAAAGUAUUUUUAAAAAUAAUCCUCUACGUAGAAAUAAUAUUUGGAUUAUUUUGGUUUUCCUAAGUGUAUCAUUCCAAAUUGCAUUUUCAUUUAUAUCAUUAAAGGCAAUUGAUGGAAUUCAUUUAUUGAAAUUAAUUUCAUGGGAACUAUACGCAGUUCUAUUUUGUUGGGCGAUUGGUGUCAUUGUAAUCGACGAGUUUGCAAAGAAAUUAUACAAGAAAUGGUUCGAUGAUUUACAAUUAGAAUUAAGAUUGGAAUUUGAUACUAGACUUGGAAUGUACAGUCCAGUUUAA